GAUAAAACGCAUCAGGUUGCCAUGGCGAAUCGUGGACCCAGCUACGGACUGAGUCGCGAAGUGCAGGAGAAGAUCGAUCAGAAGUACGAUGCGGACCUGGAGGCCCGGCUCGUAGAAUGGAUCUUGGUCCAGUGUGACGGAGAAUUGGAGAGACCAGAACCAGGCAAACAGAACUUCCAGAAGUGGCUGAUGGAUGGAACAAUUCUCUGUCGCCUUAUUAACAGUCUCUAUCCCAGAGGCAUGGAGCCCAUUAAGAAGAUUCCGGACACUAAAAUGGCCUUUAAACAAAUGGAGAAGAUCUCCCAGUUCCUGCAGGCAGCCGAAGCCUAUGGAGUCACCCGCACAGACAUUUUCCAGACCGUCGACCUGUGGGAAGGGAAGGACAUGUCGGCAGUCCAGAGGACCCUGGCAGCGCUGGGCAGCGUUGCCCUCACCAAGGACGAUGGGUAUUACCGUGGCAACAGCGACUGGUUUCAUAAGAAAGCCAGAGAAAACCGGCGGGAGUUCUCUGAGGAGCAGCUGAGACAGGGGCGGAGUCUGAUUGGCUUACAGAUGGGCAGUAACCGCGGAGCUUCCCAAUCAGGCAUGGCGGGGUACGGCACCCCACGACAAAUCAUGAGGCACGAUUCCCCCCGUCCAAAUGCUGCACCUACCUCCCCCUAA